CAUUUUGUGGGCACCGCCUCCCCUCAGGCGCCAGAAUCCAAGAUGGCGCUCGCCAGCGUCCUCCGUUCGGAGCUGCCGGAAUUCUCCAAAUCUUUCCCCAAAUCUUUUUCCAAAAGUUUUCCCGAGGAUUCCGAGGAGAUUCCCGAAAUCCUGCGGGAUUCCUCCGGCCCUCCGCGGGUUCUGGCGGCUCCUCCUUGGGGCGUUCAGGCGGAGCCGGAGGGGCCCGGCUUUCACAUUCUUCACGGCACCACCACUUUGGCUUUUAAGAGCCCUUUCGGCGUGACGGUGGCCGUGGACUCGCGCGCCACCGCCGGCUCCUACAUCGCCUCGCAGUCGGUGCUGAAGGUUCUGCCCAUCAACCCGCGCAUUCUGGGCACCAUGGCCGGCGGCGCCGCCGACUGCAGCUUCUGGCAGCGCCUGGUGGCGCGGCAGUGCCGCGUGCAGGAGCUGCGCAACAAGGAGCCCGUCUCGGUAGCCGCCGCCUCCAAGUUACUAGCCAACCUCGUCUACCAGUACAAAGGCAUGGGGCUGAGCUUGGGCACCAUGGUGUGCGGCUGGGACAAGCGCGGGCCAGGCCUGUACUACGUGGACAGCGAGGGGCAGCGCGUGGCGGGCGCCGCCUUCGCCGUGGGCUCGGGCUCCUCCUACGCCUACGGGGUGCUGGACCGGGGGCUGGGCGGGGCCACGGCCUCGGAGGGCGUGGCCUGCGAGCUGGCCCGGCGCGCCAUCUACCAGGCGGCCAGGAGGGACGCCUACUCCGGGGGCACCGUCAGGGUCUUCCACGUCGGGGAGAAAGGCUGGAGGGAGGUGUCCGUGGAUAACGUCAGAGAGCUGCAGGACCUCUACGGGGAGUGAGGGGAAAAAUUGGGAGUUUUUGGUGAAAUAAAGUGAAAAAAAAGUGAA